UUCCCUUGACACGGCAUUUGUAUUGACUUCGACUCCUCAAAAACUUUCCAAACUUUACUCUUCUGUGAAUUUUCACUGCCCUCCCUAGUUUUCAUUCUUGCAAGUCUAAGUCAUCAAAAUCUUAAUUGGACCAUCAUCCUCUUUGACUCUUCACAAAUUAUCACUUUCAAUAACAUCUCUAAGUUGGGUCAUCAUUUUCUUGAACUACUUCCAAUGUCAACUUCACAAACCCCACAAUCCCGUCAUUCUUUCCAUGUUUUCUUGAGUUUUAGAGGUGAAGACACACGUAAAAACUUCACUGAUCAUCUCUACACAGCUCUCAUCAACGCUGGAAUUCGAACUUUUCGAGAUGAUGAUGAAAUCCGUAGAGGAGAAAACAUAGAAUCUGAACUGCAAAAGGGUAUUCGUGAAUCCAAGAUUUCUCUAAUUGUUUUCUCCAAAGAUUAUGCUUCAUCAAGAUGGUGUCUUGAUGAGCUUGUUAACAUUCUUGAUAGAAGGAGGAAAGAGGGUCAUACUGUUUUGCCUGUUUUUUACACUGUGAGUCCUGAGGAUGUUGAGAAUCAGACAGGGAGUUUUGCUGAGGCUUUUGUGAAUCAUGAAAAGAGAGGAAAUGCUGAGACUGGAGAGAAAAGGAAGGUAUGGAUGGAGAAGAUGGAGAAGUGGAGAGUAGCUUUGAAAGAAGUUGCUGAAUUGGAAGGAAUGUGCUUAGCCAAAGAAGUAGAUGGGCACGAGGCAAAAUUCAUCGAAAAGAUCACCAAGGAGAUACUCAAAAGAUUGAAUCGCACAGUACUUAGUGUACCUUCAUACACAGUUGGAUUAGAGUCCCGAGUGAUGGACAUUAACUCAUGGUUACAGGAUGAGUCAAAUGAAGUUGGCAUUGGGGUGAUCUAUGGACUUGGUGGCGUAGGAAAGACUACUGUUGCUAAAGUAGCUUACAACUCUAACUAUGACAGAUUUGAUGGCAGUUGUUUUCUUGCAAAUGUCAGAGAAAUCUCAGAGAAACAUCCAAAUGGUCAGGUUUAUUUGCAAAAACAAAUUUUUGAAAGUAUUUUGAAAGGCAGAAAGGAAAAAAUAUACACUGCUGAUGAAGGAAUUGUCAAAAUGAAAGAUGCUAUUAGCAACAAAAAGGUUUUUAUUGUAUUUGAUGAUGUGGAUCAGCUGGAUGUCUUGGAUUCACUUAUUGGGACAAGGGAUUGGUUUUAUCCAGGGAGUAAAAUUCUCAUAACAACAAGGUGCGAGAAAUUGUUGAAGGCCCAUGAGAGGCACAUGUUAUUCAAGAUUAAGGAACUUGGAGACGAUGAGUCCCUAAAGCUAUUUAGCUGGUAUGCUUUUACACAAGACCACCCUUUAGAAGAGUUCGAGGUGCUUUCAACAGAGGCAAUACGGCAUUGCGGUGGGCUUCCAUUAGCCCUUUGUGAUUUGGGUCAUUUUCUUUCAGAUAGAGGUAUGGAUAUAUGGAGAAGUAAACUGCAGAAAAUGGAAGCAAUCCCUCAUAGCAAAGUUCAAAAGAAUCUUGAGAUAAGCUACAAGUCUCUAGAUGAUCAUGACCAGAGGUUGUUCCUCCUUAUUGCUUCUUCUUUUGUUGGGAAGGACAAAGAUUAUGUUAUCAAAAUAUUAGAGAACUGUGAUUUGCACCCAACAGUUGGAAUUCAGAACCUCAUUGAUGGAUCCCUCAUCAGCAUUGAUGACGAAAAUAAGGUGAUGAUGCCUCCAGUUAUUCAGGAGAUGGGGAAAGAAAUUAUUCGUAGAGAAUCACCGGAUGAUCUAGAGAUUGUGUAAAUUGUUGAACAGGGUCUAUCAAAUUACGUGACGGAGAACAAUGAAACUGAUGCAGAUGAAGGAGACAUUCCAAGUGGACAUGUGUCGGAAGAUGGUCUUGUCCCAGCAGUUGGUCCUAAUGGUGCAAAAAGACCAUAUUAUCAAGAUUUGCCAGAAAUAGCUAUUCUGCCAUACCUUGGUAAUUCGUUGAAAAGGCGUUUUGUAGGACUUCUUUCAACGUUCCCCUUAUCUGGUGGCCUCAAAAGAUUCUUCCCAGGAUGAGAGAAGUACUUGUGAAGAUGCCGCCUUCUUUUUCCAGACAAAUCAACAUUUUACCGCUUAAUGAUGUGGAGCUAGAAGAUACACACGAGUGCUGUGAGAAUAAGGUUUCAAUCAGAAUCAUUAUCUGAUAAUAUCUGACCAUCUUUAUGCUUGGCAUACCGUGUUAGUUGCACAAUUUUGUAAGUUAUGGAGGUACAUUCAGUCCAGUUCUUUUUUAUCAGCUUCGGGUGGGCGAUGGUGUAAAUUAUGUUUCAUUAACUCGUUGUACAGUCAUAAGAUCGUUUCUGGUAGCUGCA